CUGAACUUAGUUUCUGUUGAAAGCUGGGCGACAUGGACAUGAAAAAGAGGAUCCAUUUAGAGCUGAGGAAUCGGACUCCAUCUGAUGUUCGAGAGCUGGAUCUCGAGAACUGCAGAUCGAACGAGGGUAAGAUUGAGGGUCUCACUGCAGACUUCGUCAAUCUAGAAUAUCUCAGUUUAGUAAACGUGGGUUUAACCUCCAUCUCUAACCUGCCCAAACUCGCCAAACUCAAAAAGUUGGAACUGGGCGAUAACAGAAUCUCUGGAGGUCUUGAAGUUUUAGCAGAGAAACUUCCCAGCCUGAAGCAUCUCGAUCUGAGCGGCAACAAACUUAAAGAUGUGAACACACUGGAACCUCUGAAAAAACUGGAGCACCUGAAGAGUCUCGAUCUCUUCAAAUGUGACGUGACGACUCUGAACGGCUACCGGGAGAACGUCUUCAAACUGCUACCUCAGCUCACGUACCUGGACGGAUUCGACAUCGAGGACCAGGAGGCCGAUUCCGAUUCGGAGGAAGACGACGGCGUUGGAGGGGAGGAUGAGGAUGAGGAGGAGGAAGAGGGGGAUGAGGAGGAGGACGACGACCUCGACGAUGAAGACAUUGACGAUGAUGUUGAUGAUGAGGAUGGUGACGAGGAAGGAGAGGAAGAGGAGGAGGAUGAUCUUAGUGGAGAGGAAGAGGAGGAGGAGGAAGAUGUCGGGAAGAGUAAUAAUGCUACGAGAGGAGAGAAGCGAAAGCGAGAGGACGACGUGACGAAAGGUGACGAGGACGACGAGAGCGAAUAACCAGCCAAUCAGCUUCCUCCUGUCCUUAGUUUAACUGUUACCUCAUGAAAUCCCCCCCGUAUGAUAUAUAUCUAUAUAAAUAAACCCCUAUGGGGGGGGCAAGACUGUACUGGACGGGCGGGGCACGUGGCGCCGAGCGGUUCACUCAGCAUUCCACAGAUCCCCCUAAAACCCUGUCCAUGUGACGCCCCCGCCCCGCCCCCGUGUGUGUGUGUGUGUGUGUGUGUGUGUGUGUGUGUGUGUUGAAGACCCCGUGUGAGGAUUUUGGGGACUGCUGUUUAGUUUUUAACAUGUUAUUAGAGAACUGUCUGUGUUUUUUUUUUUAUUUGCAGAAGAGGUCGCUAAAGCAACCACGCGACAAGCGCCGACAUUUUAGCGCGGCGUCUGUCGCACGACUCGGUCUAAGCUACGUUUUUACUUUCUGUACGAUGAACGAUAUAAAGUUUGUAAACAAAAA